ACGGCCAUGGAAAAGAAACCGCAUUUCGUUAGGAGGGAGUUUCUUCCCAGAGAGGUGCCACCCAUCUCGCUGGCGUUACUGCUUGCGGUCGUCCUGCUCCUUAAUGCCAUUCUCUACCUGUACCUCAACAAGUUUUACAGCUCUCUGGGACGUGUCGAAACGGACCCUGGCCUCUGCCCUUUUGGGCAUUUCAAAUUCGGAGCGCUGAAGAAUUGUACCCCGUGGCUUUCCUGUGAGGCCAUAAAUAGGGAAGUCAGGAAACUCAAGUGUGUUGGUGAAGGUGCUGUGAAAAAGGUCUUCCUUUCUGAGUGGAAGGAAAAGAAAGUGGUCCUUUCACAGCUCACCAACUCAGAGCUGAAGGAGGAUUUUCUCCAUGGACUGAAGAUGCUGAAAGCCCUUCAGAGCAAGCAUGUUGUCCGUCUGCUUGGCUACUGUGAGCAGCAGUUCACAAUCCUCACCGAAUACCAUCCUCUUGGUUCACUGAGAGGUCUGAAUGAAACUCUCCACAUUCCCAAGUACAAGGGCAUGAACACCUGGCAUCGCAGGCUGAUGCUUGCUAUAGACUAUGUGGGUGUCAUUCGGUACCUGCACAGCAGCCCCCUGGGCACCUUAGUGAUGUGCGACUCGAAUGACCUGGACAAGGUUCUCUCCCAGUAUCUCCUAACUAGUGACUUUCAUGUCCUGGUGAACGACUUGGACGCUUUGCCUCUUGUGAACAGGAGUGCUGGCAGGCUGGUGAAGUGUGGUCACAGGGAGCUCCGGGGUGAGUUUGUAGCUCCUGAGCAGCGUUGGCCCUAUGGAGAAGAUGUGCCAUUCGAAGAUGACCUCAUGCCUCCCUAUGAUGAGAAAACAGACAUCUGGAAAAUCCCAGAUGUCUCCAAUUUUUUCUUGGGCCAUGUUGAAGGAAGUGACAUUGUACGACUGCAUCUGUUUGACAUCCAUGCAGCGUGUAAGAAGAAGGACCCGGCAGAACGACCCUCUGCCCAAGAGGUCUUAGACACCUAUAGGAAAGUUUUGACUCUGCUUAUUCGGGAGGCAGCCGUGCCUAGUACUAGAGAAAUGUUAUAGUGAAUCACAAGACAAACAACAUACUGAUGAUUUAGGUUGAAGUCCUUCCUAUUUAUGUAGCUUUGCCUGAUGGGCAAAAUCUCUGUCCCCAAAACUGAGAAGAAAAAAACAACUGAACUUGUUCCUCUUGAUUAAAAAAAAAUAAAAUAAAAUCCACCCAAUCCAAGAGCUGUGCAGGCUUUCCAUUGGCAUGUUUAAUUUACCAUUGGAAGAGGAGGAAAGAGAGAAAUGAAGUUGUGUGGGGGCAGGGAAAAUUUGUUCCAUAAGAAAUGAUAAAUUUUCUUUUGCAACAUUUACACAAAAAAUAUCUUAAACAUUACAGAAAAACAGCUAGAAACAUAUUAGUCUACCUUAACUUGUUGGCAGAGGACUGGAGAACAGAGACCAUGGCAUGCCCCCUACAAGCUUUGUGCUGAUUGCUGUGGCUUUGGCCUAUGUUGUAUCCACAAAGCCCUCAUCUACUUUCCCAUGUAGUAAAAGCAGUGGUCACUUAGAAAUGAGUACCCCAUUUCACUUCAGAUUUUGGUGAGUCCCACUGCCAGACCGCAGUGGCGGUCUCUCCCUGCUGGCUGGGGCAUAGGUUGCUCCUGGAGAUGUAUGGUCAUUGCUCUGUGGGCCCUGUAUCCCACACCAGCAAGUGUGUGGCCACUUUGGAAGCAAGAAGAUGAUGCAGAUUCUGAAAAGUCUGCUUAUAGACACAGGUUCUUGGUUUUCAAGCCUUUGUCCUAUGGUAUUCUCAGAUGGGCUUUUGAGAGGUGAAGCUGUCAAAUGCAAGUCUCUUGCUCCUCUGUAAUCCACAGAAAUGCUGGACACUGUGGAAGAGAGCUUAAGUGUGUCUUUUUUUUCCAUUCACUUAUCCUUGCUUAGUGUCAUCAUGAUUUGAUGGAAAGGAAGAUUACAAGGAACUGAAAGAGAAAUGUGACUUCCACAGAAAUGAGCGUUAAAACACAAGCUUUGGAAAAGAAAAUUCCUGUUUUCAGAGCAUACAAUUCUAUUGGGUCUGAAUUCAAAGUCCACUAAGGAUAGCAGAAGGCUGCUAAAAAGUAGCUGUGUUUGGUGUGUUAGGAAAAAGCUUGAGGUAACCUACAUGGAUGUAACAGCCUGGUACCAGCAGCUGGAGAGGAAGAACAAUGAUGCCUUAAUCCAGCAAUAGGUUCUUUUUGGUGGGACUGGGAUCUGGGAUGUAGCUCUCUUGGAGAAAAAACAGGAAUAAUAUGAAUGAGAAACAUGGAUUCCACCACUGUCCACUUGAGGACUUUUUGUCAGGACCUUCUGUUUCAGUGGACUAAAUCUUUGCAAGGCCUAAGAGACAACUUCCAUGUUUUGACCUGAGAGGCGAUUUGUAAGCAGAGUACACUGUCCUUUUUGCUCCUUUUUGAAGUUUGGUUCUGUUCUUUUCUGUGCUGCUAUUCCUCUUCACAUAAACCGGCCAUAUUCUGACUGUACUGAGAUCAUGCAGUCAUUUCAUAUGCAUAAUGUUCAAAUCCAAGAUUUUAUUAUAAAUAGGAAAAAUUUCCUACAAGUUAGUUAAUUCAUUCCUGAUAUCAUACAAUGCCACCAGGAGUCAUUUAAAAGCUGCUGAUUAUGUCUUUCCUUUCCCUCUGGGAAGUCUGAUUUCUUUAAUUAGAUUUUUGCCAUUUUUCACUUAUCCAUUCUUUCCUUGCAGCUUUCCUGUUCAGGUUGUCAGGAGACAAAGCUUGGAAAUCAAAGUCUCCAAAAAUAAGCAGUGUUUGUGGAUGCUUUGGGUUUGUUUUGGACUUUGACUCAAAAUGCCUAAAAGAAGUAUGGGGAAAAGAAAUGCUCAGUUGUAAAUGCAACAUCCAGCCCAUGAAAUCUUGACUUGUUAUUGUUAGGGUUAGUUUUACAGUUCCAGCAUGAAUAAAAGGAUGUGCAACAGUGGGAAAAGUCUCCUGUUACAGCUCCUUGAAGCCAGGGAUAAGGCUCUAAAGGGCCAAGAACCAAAUCUUUUGCAUGUUUCCCUCACAAUAAUUUGUUACCUUUUAUUAGCCAUCAUGUGGACUUGAAAAGGAAAUCAUAAUUUCAAAAUGGCUGUAAAUAACCAUCCCAUGAGGGGUUUUUAUGAGUGUAGCAAGGAGAGACAAGAACCUGACAAACAUCUUGUGCUGGUCUCUCUUUGUUAAGACAAGCUUCUGCUGGGAUUUCGUGUACUGUUGCACCUUGCAAACAGCCAUAUUAAUUUCAUAGAGUGAAAAAUGUUAGGAAAAAUUCUUGUUUGGAAUAAUUAUCUUGCCUCUCUGCUCCUGGAUGAAAUAGUUACAAUUUUUUUUUAAGGAAAGGUGUCUCCCUAAACAUUCACCCUGAGCAGUGGCUUCUCCAUGUCUCUUUCCCAUUCCCUCUCCUUCAGGUUGUGUGUUGUUCAGCAUUGUAUUUCAACAGUAAUAAAUCAGAUUUAUUCUGAAUACAGCAUUAUGGAGCUGCAGUUUCUUUUCUGGGAUGUUGUUUCUCUGUGAGGAAACACUAGAUGGAGCAUGAAGGUCAGUUACUUAGAAG